AUGCCGAACAUUAAGCAAGAACCAGGAAUAACCUCGAAUGGAACAGGAACUAAUUUAAGACGAAAAACACCCACCAAUAUCGAAUCAACAGAUAACAACGAAACAAACGACAAUCUCGAUAAAGAUUCAUCGAUAACGGGCAUAGGUGACUCGAAAAACUCGAAAAACAUCAAAUCGCCAAGGCGCGAAAAUUCAAUAACCACAAAUGGUGUGGAGCCGUCAGAUUCUGGUAAUUCAUCAAGUAAACGACGCGCGUCAUCUCCGGUAAGAGAGGAGGGGACGAAACAACCACCGGAAAAAAAGCAAAAAACAAAAAAAGAGAAAGAAAAAAAACCGAAAACAAAUGGGCGCAACAAAGGUCCAAUUGAUUUGGACAAGCAGUGUGGCGUAGUAAUAACUCUGGGUGCACCUCCAUGCACGCGCUCAUUAACUUGUAAAAGCCAUCCGAUGGCUGCAAAACGUGGGGUUCCCGGUCGAUCACAGCCAUACGACAUAUUACUACAACAAUAUCAAAAAAAAUCGAUUGGUCGUCCACAAAAUAAUAAUCAACCUGGUAUGAAAAACGAAAUUGGAAAAAAGGACGGAGCGAAAAUCGAGGGCAUUGAUAAAGCAGAGGAAGACGAUGUUGAUCCGGAUAACGAAGUGAAUUUAGUAAUGGAUGCAAUACGACGUAGUAAUCCUCAACCACUUGCGCGACGACAGUCUUUUUAUGCGAAAAGGCCGAGGACAAAUUAUUUUAAUUAUUAUCAUAUGAUUUCGGAGGCAUUUCAAAAUAUAAAUAGUGAAAAAUUUAAUUGA